GGCAAUAAUGGACCACUGGUUUGGUUUAACCACUAAAAAGAGAGAGUGAGGACUCUAUUUAAAAGCACUGCUUAACUCGAUGAUUAUUCCAUCGCUCCAAAUAAAUAAAUAAAAUAGUUAAAAGAUGGCUCUCGAAGUCUGCGUGAAAGCCGCCGUUGGUGCCCCUGAUGCUCUCGGCGACUGCCCUUUCAGCCAACGGGUUCUUCUCACCCUCGAGGAGAAGAAUCUUCCCUACAAAAUGCAUCUGAUCAACAUCUCCGACAAACCUCAGUGGUUCUUAGCCAUUAGUCCUGAAGGGAAAGUACCAGUCCUCAAGAACGACGACAAGUGGGUGUCUGAUUCCGACGUCAUCACCGGCAUCCUCGAGGAGAAGUAUCCUGAGCCAUCUCUCAAGACUCCUCCUGAGUUUGCCUCCGUUGGAUCCAAAAUCUUCGGUACUUUCGUGACCUUCUUGAAGAGCAAAGACUCCAGCGACGGAUCCGAGAAGGCCUUGCUUGAUGAGCUUGAAGCUCUGGAGACUCAUCUCAAGACUCAUGACGGUCCUUUCAUCGCCGGAGGGAAAGUCAGCGCUGUGGAUCUAAGCUUAGCACCGAAGCUUUACCAUCUCAAGGUGGCUCUUGGCCACUACAAAAGCUGGUCUGUUCCCGAGAGCUUGCCACAUGUUCAUGGCUACAUGAAGGCUUUGUUCUCUCUUGACUCGUUUGAGAAAACAAAGACUGAGGAGAGGUAUGUGAUUGCAGGAUGGGAACACAAGGUUAACCCCUAAAACUACUACUAGUUUCAUCUGUUUGUGUGUGGUGAUGAUGUGGUUCAAUGUCUUAUCUACUCUAUCAGUAAAAUAAUGUUCCUGGACCGGUUAUGUUUUGUUAUUGUAUCAAUCAAAUAAUAAGCCUCUUUUGAGAUAA